AUGGAUUCUCAAGUGGAUUCCGCGUGCGAAGAGUGCAUCAAGGGCACCAUCCACACAGGUCAACCUCAGGGCACUGAAGAGGAGAUACACGGGCUGAAUACCUACGUGGUCGGCAACAGGACCGAUCCUCAAGCCAUCAUAGUCAUCUACUCGGAUGUCUUUGGCCUCCUAUUGCCCAACAACAAACUAAUUGCCGACGCCUACGCGAAGAGCGGCCAGUGGCUCGUCUAUCUACCGGACUUUUUCAAGGGAGACCCAGUGCCGCUCAAGACUGCCGAUGUUCUGCUUCCAGUCGAUGCGAAAAAGCAGUCGACAUUUGCAAAGUAUACGGGUCUUCUGGCAAAGGCGCCGGCCUUCGUCAUGUGGAUGACGAGACACAAGGAAGGGCCUACCAACCAGACCUUCAUGGAUUUCAUGCAGGCAUUGAGGCGCUCGACUCCCCCCACCCAGAAAAUCGGCAUGGUGGGAUUCUGCUGGGGUGGAAAGUAUGCCAUUCGAGCAGGAUUAGAAAGCAACAUGAUUGAGGUUGACGGCAAAAAGGUGCCGUUAGUAGAUGUCGUGGCGGCCAUGCAUCCCAGUCAUGUAUCCCUUCCAGGUGAUGUCGAGUCUUUGGUCGUGCCUGUCAGCAUUGGAUGGGGAGUGGAGGACCAGGGUGUGAAUUUCGAGCAAAAGGCAAAGGUGGAAGAGAUCCAUGCGAAAGCAAGAGCCGCCGGGAGGAAGCUGCCAGAGGUGGAGCACAGGGUCUAUAAGCCGGGUCGACAUGGAUUUGCUGUGAGAGGGAAUCCGGACGAUCCAGAGGAGCGGGCAUGCUUGGAGAACUCAGAGAAGCAAAUUCUGGACUGGCUCACCCGCUGGCUUUGA